CUUUCCUCCCCCCCCCCCCCCCCCUUCUCUCUCUCUCUCUCUCUCAGAGGAAGCUUCGUCGAAUCGAUCAAAAUUCAUCAGAAAAAUCUUCUCGUCGAUCGUCUUUGCUCAUCAGCCAGGGCGCUACGACGAGCGCCGUCCUAGCUGAGUCGCUUCUUUCGAAGAGGUGAAGGAUCAAGUUUCGCCAGUUCUGGUCUGAUUUGGGCUACUGAGGUAUAUUCACUACUAGGGUUUUUGUUGAGUUUUGACUUGGUUUGUUGCGUGUGAUGGAUGAGUAUGCGACGGACGUUACUAUUUUUGAUCUUGAUCUGAACGAAGAACCACUGGACCUGUCUAAUGGAGCGGCGGCGGGAUUAGGGUCUCUAUUUGAUCAAUUAGAUGACCAGGGUCGGAUUGAAGAACGCAUUCGGCAGCUUGAGGCUGUGUCAGCAAGGGCUAGGGAGCUUCAAAGGGGGCGACAAACUCAAAGCUCUCGUGGAACAAGUCAUAUAUCGAUUGUAACAACUGAUAAUACCAGCGGCGAUGGUAUGCUUCUUAAUGUGGAGGGUCAAGAAAUGCCGCAGGAAGGUACAGUUGAUAGGGCAAAGAGUUGCAAACGGGAUAGCUCCCAUUUGGUUGCAAAGGCUUUGGAAUUGGACGCAGAUGUUAAUAAGGUUGUUGGUGAUGGGGGAGGGUUUUUCGAUUGUAACAUAUGCUUGGACAUGGCAAGAGAACCGAUAUUGACUUGUUGUGGUCACUUGUUCUGUUGGCCAUGCUUCUAUCAGGUGCCAUAUGUUUACUCAGCAGCUAAGGAAUGCCCAGUUUGUAAGGGAGAGGUGACAGAUACAAAUAUGAUUCCCAUUUAUGGACAUGCUGAAAAUGAUCACAUGCCAGAGUCAAAAUCUGGCUUGAAGAUACCUCCAAGACCAAAAGCACCUCGGAUAGAGAGUGUUAGGCAGCGACGUGUUAACCGAGGAAUAUCCCACAUUCCUGUUGAAGAAGCACUUCGACGAAUUACAAUGGAGUUUGAGGCCAGAGGGGGACGCCCACGGCGUGAUCACCAUGGUAAUAUCAUUGGGUCCAACCAAAUCAAUAUGCACAAUCAGGCUGCCACAUCUGAGAUGCAUCCUGAUGGUGAGGUAGGAGGCGGCGGUGGUGGUGGCCGCCACCAUUCUCAUCAUUUGCUGAGAGCAUUGUCAGAAACUGCUGAUUCACUUUUAUCCAUUUCAUCUGCAGUAAAUAACGCAGAAAGAUAUGUUGAGGAUGUGGAGGCAGCUAUUAAUGAUUACGUUUUUGAAAGCAGUGCUGCCAUGGCGCAACAAGAACACCAGACUGCAGAACCCCAUUUGUCAUCUUCAGAACAAAUGCAUGCUUUUGCUUCUGAUGAUCAUGGAAACCUGAGACAUUAUACAUCUAUUGAAAGCAAUUUGUCUGAGCCUCAUCCCUCUUCAUCUCCCGGUAGAAGAAUUAACCAUCCCAGGGCUUCUGAUGUAGAUAGUGGAGUUUCUCAUCAACCGAGAAGGAGAAGAAUUAGUUAAUAUAUUUGUUUCUGCAAUUUAGUUGUACUGCUAAAAGUUAAAUGUUUCCCUUUUAUAUGUCAUGGAGUUUCUGGCUGCUGAUUUAAGUAAAUUCAGAAUCACCGUGCAUAACUUUAUUAGCGAACAUGCUCCUUUUGUUGUUUGCUUGUUGCUGUCUUUAACUGCAAAUUUCAUGUCAUACUAUAUCAAGGGUUUGGCUUUUUCUUAGCUA